AUGCAGAAGUCUCUUCUAAAAGACAUGGAUAAGGAUCAAGGAUGCCGUCAUGACCUGUUCAAGAUAACCAACACAGUUCUCAGACGGGAACCAAACUUUUCGCCAUUAUCCUCUUUUCAUGUGAAAACUGCACUACUGUGGUACAACCAAACAACCACUGAGUGGAAGAGAGAGCAACUUGCAGAGAGGUUUACUGGGUUUGUGGGAUUUCUUCGAGAUGCACUUCAGCGCAAAGAUCUCAAGCAUUUCUGGAUCACUGAUCUUGACCUGCUAGCAGAUAUUUCAGCAGUCACUCUAGGAAAUAUGGAGUCCAGAUUGACGAAUAUUCUUAACAGUCAACAGGAAAGAAGUAAAGUGCUGAAGGCUGAGCAACAAAAGGGGAAAAAACAAGGUGCAUUAUGA